CAUUUCACCGUUCACCGACGCCGCGUGACGCUUAAACACGGGCAGCGCGCGCCGAACGCGAGGAAGCUCUCGCGCUCUCUCACGCGCAAAAUAACGAACGCAGACUGAUGAAUUUGAAUUUACCGUGUCAGAUCGGACCUGAGCGUUUUAAUCGAUGUCGGAGUUUUAUCUCUGGAUAUAAGCCGAAUCAUCCUCCUCCUCAGCUGAAAGGAAAGACCUCAUCAAAGAGGCAAAUUAUGCCAGCAGUACCAGAGUACCUGUCUCUGGUGACGUGCCAGCCUGUUGGUGAGACCCUCCGCUUCAGCGCCCACCCCUGUGCCCUCUCCCCUGGCAGGCCCAUGCUGGUGGACGCCCCGCUCAGGCCCAAGCCCGCACCAUGAGCGCCAACGGCCCUGCUCCGCCUGCUGCGACUCCUGCCGCGCCCCCCGCAGCCUCCGUACCUGUACCGUCAGUGGUACCGGUCGGCUCGCUGGCCCAGAAGAAGCGGCAGCAGUAUGCCAAGAGCAAAAAACAGGGCAGUUCGGCCAACACGCGGCCGCAGAGAGCUCUCUUCUGCCUCAACCUCAACAAUCCCAUCCGCCGGGCCUGUAUCAGCCUCGUGGAAUGGAAGCCAUUUGAUAUCUUUAUAUUGAUAGCGAUUUUCGCCAACUGCAUGGCCUUAGCUGUAUACAUCCCCUUUCCUGAGGAUGAUUCCAACUCAACCAACCACGACCUGGAAACAGUCGAAUAUGCCUUCCUUAUCAUUUUCACUAUCGAAACCUUCCUGAAGAUCAUAGCAUAUGGCUUGGUGAUGCAUCAGAACGCGUAUGUCCGAAACGGAUGGAACAUGCUGGAUUUCGUCAUUGUCGUCAUAGGAUUGUUUAGUGUUGUCUUGGAAAUUUUGACCAAAGAUGGGGAGAAGGAAGCUGCUGGAAGCCAACAGUCUGUUCACGGCCAUGGAGGGAAACCAGGAGGUUUCGAUGUUAAAGCCCUCAGAGCCUUUCGAGUGCUGCGACCGCUUCGCCUGGUCUCAGGAGUGCCCAGUUUACAGGUGGUGCUGAACUCCAUCAUUAAAGCCAUGGUUCCUCUCCUCCACAUUGCCCUGCUGGUUCUGUUCGUCAUCAUCAUCUACGCCAUCAUCGGUUUGGAGCUUUUCAUUGGAAAAAUGCACGCUACCUGUUACUUUCAAGGGACAGAUCUAAUAGCAGAGGACGAACCCGCGCCGUGUGCCGUUAACGGUCAUGGCCGCACAUGCCCCAUUAACGGCACCCUGUGUAAGGAGGGCUGGCACGGCCCCAACGGAGGCAUCACAAACUUCGACAACUUCAUGUUUGCCAUGCUCACUGUGUUUCAGUGCAUUACCAUGGAGGGCUGGACGGAUGUGCUCUACUGGAUGAAUGAUGCUAUGGGGUUGGAGCUGCCCUGGGUGUACUUUGUGAGCUUGGUCAUCUUCGGCUCUUUCUUCGUCUUGAACCUGGUUCUGGGUGUGUUGAGCGGAGAGUUCUCUAAAGAGCGAGAGAAGGCGAAGGCUCGUGGAGAUUUCCAGAAGUUACGGGAGAAGCAGCAGCUGGAGGAAGAUCUGAAAGGUUAUCUGGACUGGAUCACGCAAGCCGAAGACAUCGACCCCGAGAAUGAAGAGGAAGAUGAGGAAAGCAAACGCAACCGGGUUACACUGGCCAGCCUGAUGGAGAAGAAGAAGAAAGGGUUUAGCUGGUUCAGCCAGUCCUCUGACACUCAUGCAAGUAUGCCGGCAAGUGAGACAGAAUCCAUGAAUACAGAGAAUGAGAAAGGAGAAGAUGAGAAGGCGACAUGUUGCGGCCCGACAUGUCAAAAAAUUUCAAAAUCAAAGUUCAGUCGGCGCUGGCGUCGCUGGAACCGCUUGUGUCGGAGAAAUUGUCGUUUGGCUGUGAAAUCUGUGCCGUUCUAUUGGCUGGUGAUCAUCCUGGUGUUCCUCAACACUUUGACCAUCUCUUCAGAACAUUACAACCAGCCCUUGUGGCUCACGCAAGUCCAGGAUGUGGCCAAUAAAGUGCUGCUGGCCCUGUUCACGUGUGAGAUGUUGGUGAAGAUGUACAGUCUGGGCCUCCAGGCUUAUUUUGUGUCUCUGUUUAAUCGCUUUGACUGCUUUGUGGUGUGCGGAGGCAUCACCGAGACGAUCCUAGUCGAGUUUGAGAUCAUGUCACCUCUCGGCAUCUCAGUGUUUCGAUGCGUGCGACUUCUCAGGAUCUUUAAAGUCACACGUCAUUGGGCGUCUCUCAGUAAUCUGGUGGCGUCUCUGCUAAACUCCAUGAAGUCUAUCGCUUCUCUGCUGCUGCUGCUCUUCCUCUUCAUCAUCAUCUUCAGCCUCCUCGGUAUGCAGGUGUUCGGCGGCAAGUUUAACUUUGACGAGACACAAACGAAGAGGAGCACCUUUGACAACUUCCCUCAGGCCUUGCUCACUGUGUUUCAGAUUUUGACCGGUGAAGAUUGGAAUGCCGUCAUGUAUGAUGGAAUUAUGGCAUAUGGCGGCCCGUCAUCGUCAGGAAUGAUCGUGUGCAUCUACUUCAUCAUCCUCUUCAUCUGUGGUAACUACAUUCUUCUGAAUGUAUUCUUGGCUAUUGCUGUGGACAACCUUGCCGACGCUGAGUCCCUGAACACAGACAGCGACGAUAAGAAGAAAGGUGAUGAAAAUGAUGAAAAUGAAGAUGAUGCCAAGGCUGGAGAGGAAGAUGAGAAGGACAAUGCAGAGGAGGAUGAAGACGAGCCGGACGUUCCUGCGGGGCCCCGCCCACAGAUCUCAGAGCUCGUUAAGAAGGAGAAAAUCACGCCAAUACCAGAGGGCAGCGCGUUCUUCAUCUUUAGCAACACAAACCCAAUUCGAGUCGCGUGCCACAAACUGAUAAACCACCACAUCUUCACCAACCUCAUCCUCGUCUUCAUCAUGCUAAGCUCCGCCUCCUUGGCAGCUGAGGACCCAAUCAGAAACUUCUCUGCCCGGAAUAUUAUACUUGGUUACUUUGACUAUGCUUUCACGGCUAUCUUUACUGUAGAGAUCGUGUUAAAGGUCCUAGGCUAUGCAGAUUAUGUCUUCACUAGUAUGUUUACAUUUGAGAUCGUGUUGAAGAUGACCACGUAUGGCGCAUUUCUGCACAAGGGGGCUUUCUGCAGGAACUACUUUAAUCUUCUAGAUCUGCUGGUGGUCGGCGUGUCACUGGUGUCCUUCGGAAUUCAAUCGUCGGCCAUCUCAGUAGUGAAGAUUCUGAGGGUUCUAAGGGUGCUGCGUCCACUCAGGGCCAUAAACAGAGCUAAAGGACUGAAGCAUGUGGUCCAGUGUGUGUUUGUGGCCAUCAGGACUAUCGGAAACAUCAUGAUUGUCACCACACUGCUGCAGUUCAUGUUUGCCUGCAUUGGUGUACAGCUCUUCAAGGGGAAGUUUUACCGUUGUAAUGAUGAAACCAAGACCAGCCCAGAAGAGUGCAAGGGAACAUAUAUCAUGUAUAAGGAGGGAGAUGUGAACCAGCCAAUCAUCCAGAAGCGCCAUUGGCACAACAGCGAUUUCAACUUUGAUAACGUGCUCAUGGCCAUGAUGGCUCUAUUCACAGUGUCCACGUUUGAAGGCUGGCCAGCGUUGUUGUACAAGGCCAUAGACUCCAACCGGGAGAACAUGGGUCCGAUCUACAACUACCGUGUGGAGAUUUCCAUCUUCUUCAUCAUCUACAUCAUCAUCAUCGCCUUCUUCAUGAUGAACAUCUUCGUGGGUUUCGUCAUCGUGACCUUUCAGGAACAGGGAGAGAAAGAGUACAAGAACUGUGAGCUGGACAAGAACCAGCGUCAGUGUGUGGAGUAUGCGUUAAAAGCGCGUCCUCUCCGGAGGUACAUCCCAAAGAACCCGUAUCAGUAUAAGUUCUGGUAUGUGGUGAACUCCACGGGCUUCGAGUACAUAAUGUUUGUCCUGAUCUUACUCAACACCAUCUGUCUCGCCGUUCAGCACUAUGGUCAAUCCGAGCUGUUCAAUUAUGUUAUGGACAUCCUGAAUAUGGUCUUCACCGCCGUCUUCACUGUAGAGAUGGUGCUCAAACUGAUCGCCUUCAAACCCCGGCAUUAUUUCACUGACGCAUGGAACACGUUUGACGCCUUAAUUGUUGUCGGUAGCGUCGUAGAUAUUGCUAUCACUGAAGUCAACCCCACAGAGGCACCUCAGGUGGAUGAGACGGGGAACACCGAGGACAGCGCUCGCAUUUCAAUCACCUUCUUCCGUCUUUUCCGAGUGAUGCGAUUGGUCAAGCUGCUGAGCAGAGGGGAAGGCAUUCGAACCCUCCUCUGGACCUUCAUCAAGUCCUUCCAGGCUCUGCCAUAUGUUGCUUUGCUGAUAGCCAUGCUGUUCUUUAUCUAUGCUGUCAUUGGCAUGCAGGUGUUUGGUAAAAUUGCAAUGGUGGACCACACACAAAUCAACAGGAACAACAACUUUCAGACGUUCCCUCAAGCUGUGCUUCUACUCUUCAGAUGUGCAACAGGUGAAGCGUGGCAGGAGAUCAUGUUGGCAUGUAUGCCAGGAAAACUGUGUGACCCAGAGUCAGACUACAAUCCUGGAGAAGAGAUGACCUGCGGGAGCAACUUUGCCAUCGUCUACUUCAUCACCUUCUACAUGCUCUGCGCCUUCCUGAUCAUUAACCUGUUUGUGGCUGUCAUCAUGGACAACUUUGACUAUCUGACCCGUGAUUGGUCGAUUCUGGGGCCGCAUCAUCUUGAUGAAUUUAAGAGGAUUUGGUCGGAGUAUGAUCCCGAGGCCAAAGGCAGAAUAAAACAUCUUGAUGUUGUGACGUUGUUACGCCGUAUUCAGCCUCCUCUUGGCUUUGGGAAACUCUGUCCUCACAGAGUCGCUUGCAAGAGGCUGGUAGCUAUGAACAUGCCUUUGAACAGUGACGGCACUGUCAUGUUUAAUGCUACACUUUUUGCUCUUGUGAGAACUGCACUGAAGAUCAAAACGGAAGGUAACCUAGAGCAGGCGAACGAAGAGCUCCGGGCCGUGAUUAAGAAGAUCUGGAAGAGAACAAGCAUGAAGCUUCUGGAUCAAGUGGUGCCCCCUGCUGGUGAUGAUGAGGUAACGGUGGGGAAGUUCUAUGCCACUUUCCUGAUACAGGACUACUUUAGGAAAUUCAAGAAACGCAAAGAGGAAGGCCUGGUGGGCGUUCACCCAGCGCAGAACAACACCGCCAUCGCCCUGCAGGCUGGCCUUCGUACGCUGCAUGACAUUGGGCCAGAAAUCCGCCGUGCGAUAUCAUGUGACCUGCAGGAUGAUGAGCUAGUAGACUUUAUUCCAGAGGAGGACGAAGAAAUUUAUAGGCGAAAUGGAGGACUCUUUGGCAACCACAUCAACCACAUAAACGGAGACCCCCGGAGGAGCUCUGGCCACCAGACAAAUGCCACACAGCGCCCCCUGCAGGUGCAGCCGCCCCCACAUUACGCCCACAUGGAACAGCCUGUGGGGCGCCUGGGUCGCGCCAACGCCAUGGCGCAGCAAAACCAUCAUCGCCACCAUCACCACCAUCAUCACCAUCAUCACCAUCACAACUCCUACAACAAGUCGCCCAAGUCUACCAACAUCAACCUCAACAACGCCAACGUUUCCAGUUUACCCAACGGAGGACACAAUCGUUACUACGAGCAUAUGCCCGCUAAUGGUUACCCGGGAUCGUACUAUGGAGAAUACGACAAGCCCAGGACCCCACACGGGCAAAGAAGGCGCUACUAUGAGACAUAUAUUAGGUCGCAGGGCAGCGACAGAAGACGUCCCACUAUACGGCGCGAAGAGGAGUAUGAAGAAGAUCGUUAUUCUGGAGAGUACUACAGCGGAGAGGAGUUUUACGAAGAUGACAGCAUGCUGUCGGGUGACAGGUACCCCAACAGUGACCAGGAAUACGAGACACCACGGGGUUACCAUCAUCCUGACAGUUACUAUGAGGAUGACGAGCAGCCCCUUUAUCACGAUUCACGUAGGUCACCAAAGAGAAGACUGCUUCCUCCAACACCGCAAGGUAAUCGGAGACCGUCAUUUAAUUUCGAGUGUCUGCGCAGACAGAGCAGUCAAGACGAUCUUCCUCACCAGCGCACUGCUCUUCCAUUACAUCUCAUGCAACACCAGGUGAUGGCGGUAGCGGGUCUUGACUCCAGCAGGGCUCACAGGCUUUCACCAACUCGAUCUACCCGAUCGUGGGCGUCUCCUCCUCCCACUCCUGCAAGUAAAGACCGAACGCCGUACUACACGCCACUCAUCCGCGUGGAUCGUCCUCUGAGGGACAGUGCCCACAGCAGUCACUCAUCCAUCAGGAAGAGCUCGUGGUAUACUGACGACCCCGAGUAUCAGAGGAACUACUCGCCCGUUCACCUACAGGUCCCACCUGAGUAUAGAAACCAGUACCACCAGAAGAGAGGCAGCGCUACCAGCCUGGUAGAGGCGGUCUUGAUAUCAGAAGGACUGGGUCGAUACGCUAAGGAUCCGAAGUUCGUGGCCGCCACGAAGCACGAGAUCGCCGACGCGUGCGAGAUGACCAUCGACGAAAUGGAAAGCGCCGCCAGCCAUCUCCUGAACGGCGGCAUCACGCCGGCUGUCAACGGCGUCAACGUCUUUCCCAUAAUGGGCCACAGAGACUACGAGCUGCAGGACGUCUCGGCCAGCUAUAGCGACGAGGAACCCGAACCCGAACCCAGACCGCAGUACGAGGAGGACCUGGCAGAUGAAAUGAUAUGCAUUACCACUUUAUAGCACGCGGUUAGCGGCUGCUGCUGUUCCUCAGAAACUGAUCAGCGCAACAAACAAAUCUAAGGUAUAUUUACUGGCUUACUACCUAAAGAAGUGCCUUUACAGCAGAGCAGAAAGGCACCACGAGAACGGACGCACCGGUGCCGCUCGCUCGCUUCAGUCACGGCGCCGGGGGAGGAGCUAAUUACAACUCUGGAGGUGAACUUUAAUUGGCUGCUUGUGCCGUCACUGCAGGAAAUGGACCAAUGAGCAGCGAGGGGUGGGGGAUGGGGGGGGCAGGCUGUUUCCACGGUGAUGACAAUCAAAAUGAAUGUCAUUACCUCAGUCACUUUAUUAAGGGUUUUGCAUAUCAAGCACGUUGCAAGCUCAAUGCAAGCUAAGUACGGCAUAUCCCUCAACAAAGGCUUUAGUUUCGACUCGCCCCGUAUGACUAUUUUAGUACCGUGCAUAUUUUAGAGAACAAACGCUAAUUCUACAACACUGGUUUACAAUAAGGAUAUCAUGCAGGUUUGCGGAUCUGGAGAGGAUUUCAGCAUUUGUGUUGAAUGCACUAGCAGACAGGUUAUUUUUUUAAUUUAGGAUAGCCUGUUUGAUAUUUCAUAAUAUGCUGUACAUGACUUGUAUAAUAGAAAGCGAAAGAAAACUUUGUAAAGAGACAUUAUAUAUUUUGUAAUUAUGUACUGUACAAAAAAAGCAGAUCAGCAAUAUUACUCCUAAUUGAUGUUCUUGCAUUACGGAAAAGACGAAAUUUGGUGUUAUUUUAAUAGGUACUGUACUUUAUUAUUAAAUUCUUUGCCUUUAUUCUUUGCUCAUAUGCAUUCUUACUCGUUUGUGAAAAGUAUAGAACAAAAAAGCCAAUUUUCUAUGAGGUUAUGUCUGUGACACACCCGCACAAGAUAUGCAAGUUGUUUUCUCAGUGUCCGUUUUCAUAAGCGUAACCGACGUAGUGUUCCUUUAAAAAAAAAAAAACAAACAAAAAAAAAUCGACGGCAUGCAGUAUGGGUCACGAGCGUCGACCCGCUAUUCUGAGGAUUUUCGUAGGGCUCACAGAUUCGUGUCUCUUGUCUCGAGUCUGUCGAAUAGGACUUCCCGUUUUAAGGGUUCGUGUUUUGUUGCAUAUUUUGUGCCGGGGACGUGCACAGGAAGGUGCAAUGGUAAAUGCUUUGUGCAUUAACAAUGCUGCUUAAUUAGUCUGCAAUUAAACUGUACGACCCUCACCAGGAACAUGCUGCCACUUGGAAAAGCCUGCUGCCACUGGCUGAUCUAUGAAUAGCUGAGCUAGGAAUAGCGCAAGGGUUUCAGAUUAGCCAAUCAUUUCCACUUAUGUAUUUAGGUGUUUUGAAUACUGAAAUCUUCCUUUCGUUUUAUAAUGAUGAUGAUUAUGAUGACAAAACGUGAUAAUGGGGGGAGUUAAGCGUUGCUUGAAAUGAGUAUUAACACAUUGGGAAUCCUUAAAGGAACAGUUCAGGCAAAAAUGAAAAUUCUGUUUUUAUUCUCUCACCGUCAGUGGAAAAAAUUGGGCUCUGGAAGUAAAAACUCCAUAAGGAAAUUGAUUUUUAAUGAAAUUUAAAGGUCAUUAAUCAAAGGUAUAUGCAUUUGUUAAAGCCAUCAAUUCCUUAACAGUUAAAUCUGUGGUGAAAACUACAUUACCCAUGAGGCUAUACAGAGAAUUUAACCAAUCAGAGAGUUGCCUCUCCUGUGAAACACAGCAAAUGACAUAAUCAGUACACUACACUAUCAAAGUGCUUAAAUAUUUACAUAUAUGUGCAUAUUUUGCAAUAAACUUAGAUAUAAUAGAGAACUUAAUAGUUUUAUAUUAUAUAUUUAUAUUUUCAAUUAUCAUCUACAGUGCUUCAUGGAAUACUUUUUCUUUAAAUAGUUUAUAAUGCUUUAAUGAAGCCUUUAAAGAAACAGAGUGUCUAUUUACACUAAAUGUAAAUGGCCUGUCUUGUUGGCAGAGGCUAUUUACACUAACUCCGCCCACCAACGUGUGAUUGGGUCAAGAAUGCAAAAGACGGUUAUCAAACGUCAGCUCCAGUGGCGUAUGUGGUAUCAUGUCUUUUUGACGCGAUCGACACGGGUUCGAAUCCGCCUUUUGAUGAACUUUUUUCCUCCCUUUUCAAAUAUCGUAUCACAUCAGAAAGACAUUUAUUUUCAAUAGAAAUGAAGGAAAUAAUCAAAAAGUUUAAAAUGAAGUAUAAGGUAGAUUCAGGCAAGUGUUGGGAGGGCUUUAUUGUCCCAAUAAGGUGGCACCCAUUUAAUAAUUUGAAUUAAAAUGAUAAUUUACACUCUGCUUUAAUACACUGCUUUAAUAAUUGUAAUUAUAAGUAUAAAUAGCAGAAAAAUCCUAUUUUAACACUGUUUAAAUAGAAUCUAUAGCUAUUUGCUCUUAGUGUAAAUUGCAUCCAUCGCUAUUUGCACUUACUGUAAAUAGCAUAUUGCUAAAAAAUAGUAUUUUCACUUAGUGUAAAUAGAAUACAUCGCUAUUCGCACUUAGUGUAAAUAGCAUCUAAUUGCUAUUUACACUUAGCGCGAAUAGCCGCUGCCUUAAAGAAAUCUUUAUGGAAAAAAAUGGGAAAAAAAAUACUUCCAGAACCAAUGGCAUUAAAAAAAUGGGCAGCCACUAAUGCACUAUAUUUAAAGAGAAUGAAAAAUGUUCAUGCUCAAGCUUUAUUAAAUAGCAUUCUUCCAUUUAAAACAACAGAGGGAAAAAAAUAUAAAAUGUACACCUUGAAAACACAAUGCAAGUCGCUUUGGAUAAAAGCAUCGGCAGAUGCAUUAAUGUAAUGUAAAUGUAAUCAUAUGCUAAAUUUACACUGCAAAAGUGCACAAAAGCACUUCUGAAGUGGCAUUUAGGUGUUUUUAAACACUAUUUAAUGCAGCUGAGAGGUGGAAUGAAUGCAUUUACACAGUUUUUUAAGCUGGUACAGAGCAGUUUACCUAAAAAUACUGUUCUGGAAAAAAAUGAAUUUGGAAAGUUCUGAAAUAUAAGAAUUUGAACUGGAAAGUUAAGAAUUUGAAUUGGAAAGUUAAGGGUGAGUAAAACUGACAGAAUUUUCAUUUUUGGGUGCACUAUCCCUUUAAGCCGGACAAGAAAGUGGUUAAGCAAUACUUUCCCCCCUCUUUGGUUUUAUUUUACUUUUUCUUUCUCUUCUCUCACUUCAGCUCUGGCUUCUGGAAAUACCUCUUUUAAUGCAGGGGAAACAUAUCAGCAUUUGAAGCGUCCUUUUUGUGAGCGUUUUUGCCUUUAAGGUGUUGUAAAUCUGUCCUUAGGCCUCAACUUGGGAUACAUCAAUUCAAUUGACCUUUUGUCAUUUCUAACAGGCAUAUUAAUGCUGAGCAUUAUGGGCAAAAAAGAGCAAAAAAAAAAAAGUUUGACUGCAGAGGCCACUGCCUUGAAGUGUAAAGCUUCAGUACAGCUUAAAUAAAGGGAAAUGUGGGUUUUGUUGGAAUUCUUGUUCUUGAGUGUUAUUGAUCUCUUGUGUUUUGGAAGAGUACUGUGCUUUUCAGUCAACCGAAUACUGUCAUGAAACACUGCGUGUGCACAUCUGAAAGGGCUGAAAUGAUCCGUGCGGAAAAAAAAAUACAAAAAAAGAAAAAAAAAAACAAUGAAACGUUGUGUUCUGGUCUUCAUGUCGAUUAUACUGUAUCUUGUAAACGGACCAAUGCACAUUCUUGGCACAUUGUACUAUUCGUAGCAAUUACUGGUAAGGACAAUAAAAUAUGCAUUAUUUUUAAUAAACAAAGAAAAAGGUUUUCAAAAAAAAAAAAAAACUUGUUGAACUAAAGAUUUAACUUUUACCUCGUGUCAGGGACUCCUGAAAAGAAAGAAAAAAUUUGGUUUCUUAAUAUACCAAUGGGAUUUUAUUAUUAGCACAUUGCUGUUCGUCUUUGCACAAAUUACUGUAACGUGCAAUUUGUUUUCCCUGUUUUCUAUUCAUAUUUUGUGUAUCAAGGUGGGCGAAUUUUGUACUUUUUUCUGUGACUGUGCGUACGGUUUAGUGAAAUCUAUAUUUGUCAUUUACAUUUCACCUUUCAGUGCUGGGACAAACAGAAGGGAGGGGGAAAAAAGGUGCACUCCUCUGUAUUGUUAACGUUGUUAACAAAAACGGGAAAAAAAAGUAUUAUACAAGUUUUCAGAGCCACAUCUGUUGAUUAUCACAUUUUCAUCUAGAGUUGUUGCUACUACUAUUAUAUACUUUUUCUUAUUAAUGCUGUAAGGAAACAUAAGAUUAUAGUGUAACAUAUGUACAGAAGUAACGGAAAGCUGCGUGGUGAUGUUCUCCAUUUCAAAGUCUUUAUCUUUGCUCUGUUAUGGUUUUUAUUCCAUGGGGAAAAAGAAAAAAGGUUUUCUCUUCGUAGCAGAUGACUUAUAAUAUCCCUCUAGGUUUUGUAUUGAUAACAUUUUUUGUAAUUUUCCUAUUUAUUUUGGCCUGGACUUGAUUU